AUGUCAGCACAAUUGCACACAGAUUUCAUGGCCUCAAAUAAGAAUUUGACGCAUGAAGAUCCAUCAGGUGAUUUAGGCAAACGAAUUGACGAUCAAGGAUUUGAUUGGUGGCGUGCCGGGGAGAACAUCGCACGUGGAUUCGAAGAGUACGAUGAUGAAGGUGUUAUGCACGCUUGGAUGAAUUCUCCUGGUCAUCGUGCGAAUAUAUUGGAUAGCAAAUUCACGCAUUUUGGUUCCGGGUUUAGGGACACAUACUGGACACAGAAUUUCGCGCAAGAUGUGAAUGGUCGUCCACCGAAUGUACCUAAAUGCCCGACAGAGACAAAAUCAGAGGAUAAUGAUGAUGGAAUGAUGCUCAGGAAAAUCUUCAGGAAAAUCAAAAAAAUAACGAUUAGUUUCUUUGAUAUUUGA